AUGAUUAUUGGUGAAGAUCGACAAAAGAUAAAACGUUUAGUAUCUGGUGAAAAUCGUUUAUCUGAAUUUCGUUCACUUUAUAAAACUACACUUCAUUCUCUUGAAUCAUAUGGUUUCUCUUUUGAACAACCAUUGAAAUCUUAUCCUAAUAAAUUGGAAUUAAACAGAUUGGUAUCUUUUAAUGUCAAAUCUGAAAUUAUACCACAAUUACUUACAAAUAUUCCUGACUAUGUAUGCUUAUUAUCUGUUAAAGAUGUACAUAUUAAUAAUCCUAUAGAAGCACGUGAAUUUCUGUCGUAUUUAUCACCUAUAGAACGUAGUCAACGAUUAUACACAACUGUAUCUAGCAUAGUUAGAAAGUCCAGUCUAUAUCAAACUGGUUUAGGUGUAAUUUCCGCUGGACCUCAACGAUCAUUAAAGUAUGCAUUUGCAAAACUUGGCAAAAUGUUUGCAAGUUUUAAGUCUGCUAAGUGA